GGGGGUGGGAAAGGGGAAAACCAGGGAAAAGGGCAAACGCCUGCAGCCCCGUGUGCUGAGAUCACAGCUCUGCUCUGGGUACCGGGCACUGGUGUCACAGCCCAUCGAGAUAAUUGCCUGCAUUUUCCGAAGUUCUGGGAGCUCUGAGGAUGCUUUCCAAGGCUCCAUCAAAGCCCGCAGCUGGGAUUUCUCCACGCUGUUAGUCCGGGGGGGCUCUCAGAACGGCCUAAAGCAGCCGCAAGCAGCAGUGGGAUUUCUGUGUAACAGCAGUGAUCCCGGUAGGACCGGGGGCUGUGGGUGAGACCGCGGCCAGCGGGAUCCCAGGGCGCCCAUGCACUGGUGUCCUUUGUGCGGGCGGCGCUUUGUACGAGCGGGGCACGGGGGCUGCAGGUGCUGAGCGGCGCCGGGGCUGCCCCGGCUCGGGCGAUGCCGCAGCCCCGCCAUGGGGCACGGACACCGCGCCUGACUCAUUCAAACCCCGACAAAAAAGUCUUGUGUCGCUAAAAGCCCGCUGCAGACCGCGGUGGCGGCGGCGGGAGUGCUGGAAAAUGCUGAAGUUAAAGGCCUUCUGCUUGGAUUACUGGCAGUUUUUAUGUCUCCAGCCUCUCCAUGGUUUCUAUAAAAGCGUUGAGGGGGAGGCUCCCAGCAGCGAGACCGGCACGUCCCUGGAUAGCCCGUCGGGAUACCCGCAGGGCCCCAUAACGCACAGCUCCGCCCUGAGCCCCGAGCACUACGAGCACCCCUACGGGCUCUACUCCAUCGCGCCGGGCCAGCAGCGAGCGCGCCGGCCCAAGCUGCAGCACUCCACCUCCAUCCUGCGCAAACAGGCCGAGGAGGAGGCCAUCAAACGGUCCCGGUCGCUUUCCGAGAGCUAUGAACUCUCCUCAGACCUACAGGAUAAGCAGGUGGAGAUGCUGGAACGGAAGUAUGGGGGCCGUCUGAUCACCAGACAUGCUGCCCGCACCAUCCAGACCGCCUUCCGCCAGUAUCAGAUGAACAAGAACUUCGAGCGCCUGCGCAGUUCUAUGUCCGAGAACCGCAUGUCAAGGCGCAUCGUCCUGUCCAAUAUGAGAAUGCAGUUUUCCUUUGAAGGACCUGAGAAAGUCCACAGCUCCUACUUCGAGGGGAAGCAAGUUUCUGUUACAAAUGAUGGGUCAAAGCUGGGCUCCCUCGUACCGUCGGAGUGCAACGAGCUCGGGGAGACGGCGACCAUGAAGUCCCCGGCGGCGUCCACUGAUUUCACUGAUGCUAUAACAGAACUGGAGGAUGCUUUUUCCAGGCAGGUGAAAUCCCUGGCGGAAUCCAUCGACGACGCGCUGAACUGCCGCAGCCUGCACGCGGAUGAAAUCCAGAGCGCGGAGCAGGUCAGGAGCCGGGAGAUGGAGAGGGAGAGCUGUGCCCCGAGCAAAGCAGCGAUGCACAACGUGGAUCACAGGAAGCUGGACGAGAUGACGGCGUCCUACAGCGAUGUCACGUUGUACAUCGACGAGGAGGAGCUGUCCCCGCCCCUGCCGCUCUCCCAGUCCGUGGACAGGCCGUCCAGCACGGAGUCGGACUUGAGGCUCCGCUCCGUGAACUCUUCCCAGGAGUACUGGUCCAUGACCCACAAAGACGACAAGUUAGACACUGAUACGAGCUGCAGGAGUACCCCAUCACUGGAAUGCCAGGAGCAGAGGAUGAGGAUGGAUCACCUCCCCCUGCUCACCAUCGAGCCGCCCAGUGACAGCUCCGUGGACUUGAGCGACCGCUCGGAGAGGGGCUCAUUAAAGAGACAGAAUGCGUACGACCGAGGCAUCCCCAGCCAGCAAGGCAGCCCCAAACAUAUCCCUCACAGCAUUCCUGCCAAGAUCAUCACCCGGGAGGAGCAGGAGGCCAGGCACAGGGCUAGGCCCAUAGACAGCCACUUGGCCAUCAAUGGCACAGCCAACAGGCAAAGCAAAUCAGAGUCUGAUUACUCUGAUGGAGACAACGACAGCAUCAACAGCACUUCCAACUCCAAUGAUACAAUAAAUUGCAGCUCAGAAUCCUCUUCUAGGGACAGCCUAAGGGAGCAAACCUUGAGCAAACAAACCUACCACAAAGAGACUCGCAACAGCUGGGAUUCCCCUGCCUUCAGUAACGAUGUUAUCAGGAAACGCCAUUAUAGGAUUGGGCUGAAUCUUUUUAACAAAAAACCCGAGAAGGGAGUGCAGUACCUGAUCGAGCGCGGCUUCGUGCCCGACACGCCCGUGGGGGUCGCGCAUUUCCUGCUGCAGAGGAAGGGGCUCAGCCGGCAGAUGAUCGGGGAGUUCCUGGGCAAUCGGCAGAAGCAGUUCAACAGGGACGUGCUGGACUGUGUGGUGGAUGAGAUGGACUUCUCCACAAUGGAGCUGGAUGAAGCACUCAGGAAAUUUCAGGCCCACAUCCGUGUCCAAGGAGAAGCCCAGAAGGUGGAGCGGCUCAUUGAAGCUUUCAGCCAGCGUUACUGCAUCUGCAACCCGGGCGUGGUGCGGCAGUUCCGCAACCCCGACACCAUCUUCAUCCUGGCCUUCGCCAUCAUCCUGCUCAACACCGACAUGUACAGCCCCAACGUCAAACCCGAGCGCAAGAUGAAGCUGGAGGACUUCAUCAAGAACCUCAGGGGGGUGGAUGAUGGCGAGGACAUCCCGCGGGAGAUGCUGAUCGGGAUCUACGAGCGCAUCCGCAAGCGCGAGCUGAAGACCAACGAGGACCACGUGUCCCAGGUGCAGAAGGUGGAGAAGCUCAUCGUGGGCAAGAAACCGAUUGGAUCUCUGCACCAUGGACUUGGUUGUGUGCUCUCUCUCCCCCACCGGAGGCUUGUUUGCUACUGUAGGCUGUUUGAAGUUCCAGAUCCAAAUAAACCUCAGAAGCUUGGAUUGCACCAACGAGAAAUAUUUUUAUUUAAUGAUCUUCUCGUGGUGACCAAGAUUUUUCAGAAGAAGAAGAACUCUGUUACGUACAGUUUCCGACAGUCCUUCUCCCUCUAUGGAAUGCAAGUUCUUCUCUUUGAGAACCAGUAUUAUCCCAAUGGCAUUCGGCUCACGUCAGCUGUUCCAGGAGCAGAUAUCAAAGUACUCAUAAAUUUCAAUGCACCAAAUCCUCAGGACAGGAAGAAGUUUACAGAUGAUUUGAGGGAAUCAAUUGCAGAAGUUCAAGAAAUGGAAAAGCACAGAAUAGAGUGUAAGUACAAAGCGGAGCUGGAGAAGCAGAAGGGCGUGGUGCGGCCCAGCAUGUCGCAGUGCUCCAGCCUGAAGAAGGAGUCGGGGAACGGGAGCCUGCCGCGGCCGUGCCUGGAUGACAGCUACGCGGGCGGCGAGGGGCUGAAGCGGAGCGCGCUCAGCUCCUCCCUCAGGGACCUGUCCGAAGCAGGCAAGCGUGGGCGACGCAGCAGUGCAGGAUCGCUAGACAGCAAUAUGGAAGGGUCCAUCAUUAGCAGUCCUCACAUGCGCCGAAGAGCUACAUCAACCCGAGAGUGUCCAUCUCGCCCUCACCAGACUAUGCCCAACUCCUCCUCACUCCUAGGGUCCCUGUUCGGUAGCAAGCGGGGCAAGCCGCCCUCGCAGAGCCACGCGGCCGCGCAGCCCCCGCACCACGCGGAGGCGGCGGCGGCGCCGCACCCGCACCACGCGCAGUUCUGCCACCAGAACCCGCCGCCCUACCACCACCACCACCACUACCACCCGCCCCCGCACCCGCACCCGCACCAGUUCCACCAGCACGGCCACGGCCACGGCCACGGCCCCUACCUGCCGCACGCCCCGCACCACGCCCCGCACCACGCCCCGCACCACCACGGGCCGCCCCCGCCGCCCGCCGCCUCCGGCAGCAAGCCCAAACACAGCGGCAUCAGCACCAUAGUCUAGGCCACAGAGCCUCCUCGAGACUCUAGCUCUAAACCCAGCUGCAAAGGCACUCACAGGAAGCCACAAAAUCACACCGGCAGUUUUUACCUAGGCCGUUUAAUGAGCUUAAAGGCUUGCUGUUACUAAAUAAAAUAAUUCCGGUUAGCCCAGGCCAUACUGGUUUUACUUAUCUACUGGAUAGAUGUUCACCACCACCUGGUUAGUUCUUAUUUCCAAACUUGCCUUGAAAACGUGCUGCUUGCUGAAUCUGAGGAAAGCUACCUUUUACACCAAACCCCUGGACAAUUUUACACACGUAAUGAAAAGCUAGCCAAUGGAAAAAAAAAAAAAAACAGGGAAAAAAAGUCAGACAGAACCAAGUGUUGCAUUCUUGCUCUUUUAUUCUCAAUGGGCAAAAAAAUUAAGUAGACCUGAUAUGGUUGAUGAAAGUACGUAAGUAAACUUUAUAUAAUAUAAAUAUAUACAUAUAAAUAUAUAUAUAUAUACUGUAUAGUUAACAUUUGUGCUUGGAAAGAAAUUUUUUCAGUCCACAAAACUAGCAAUAUAGACUUUACAAGGAAUUCCACUUACUUGAUAGGACAGUAUAAUAGAUGAAUAGCCUAUGAAAGAGUAGACCAAAAACAUUAAACGUUAGAAACCAAUUUCAAACAUUUCAAUAUUUUCAUCAAAAGUCCCCUGGACUUGUUAAGAUUUCUAAGCAAUCAUUACUAAAUGUGCCAAGUAACAUAGCAUUUAAAUGUUGUAGUCCAAUACUGCUUUGUAUAAAUCCUUAUUUUAUUAACACGAUGAUAUCAUACGUAAUCAGUAUUAGAGCUGCUCUGCUAUUUCAGGUAAGCAAACUCGUUAAGAUGCAGUAAUUAUUCCGUAGCAAUGGAGAGUGCCCACAUACCAGGGGGCACCUCCAAGCAUUGGUCACUCGAGUUCUUAGACACUUUAAAGGCUGUGAUAACUGUGAAUUUACAUGAUCCACAUUUCUUUUGUAAGCAUACGGAUUGAACGAGCACACGGGAAGAGUUCUGCCAGGUGCAUGUAAACACUGCAAAAACAUUCAUCUCAAACAUGAAAAUGGCAAACCUCCAUCCUUCUCAGCUGCUUUGGUUCCUCUUCACCAUAAUUGCUCAUUUUUACCCCCAGCGAAGCUGAAUUCUAGUCCAGAGUGUUUCCAGUGGAAGUGCUCUAAAACUUGAAGGUUUGUUUUAGAAUUUAGUAUAGGGUUUUUAUAUAUAUAUAUAUAUUAAAAAAAAAAAUUAAAAUCUGUAAUUCCAUGUAGCCAUGUGCUAGCAACGAAGUGGCUUUACCAUUUUUACUCAUCACAUUUGUUAGUUUGAAGCACCCAGCACUCAGCAGGCUGAGUUUAUGCUCAAACCCUCACUUCCAUAGUCCAGUUAGUUGCAAGACAUCACAUAAAAAUAGGCUGUGCUGUUGUUGCUUAUGUGUUGUAACCACACAAUUUGCAAAUUUCUCUACAAUUUGUAUCCCGAAAUCCUGUACAAAGUUAUCCAUGGCGCCUACUUUGUAGUUUCAGCACUUUGAGCCACUGCAAGGACUUAACACCUAAACAGUAGAGACAAAGGAAUCACAACUGCAAAACUGUACCAGCCUAAAAGCAAACCUUGAAGAGGAUGAGCAAAUGUUCCAGUGAGAGAUGGGUAAAAGUAAUGACAGCUCCAACCCGUCGGGUUUCUGUGUAACAGAAAACAAACAGUAAUAAAAGUGUCCCAAAGCAGGAGGACAUGGGAGCAGCAGAGUGACUUGUCCUGUUGGCUUGCUCAUGGCAUCUCUAGCGUGGGGAGGAUGGGAGAGGUUCAGUCAUUUUGUUCCCUUUCAUACCAUGGAUACCACAAUACCAGCAAAACUGCAAACUGAGCACUUUGUUCACCUCCACAGAGAGCAAAUACAGCAAUCUAGAGUUUAGCCUUUUGUUUCCAGCAGUCCACGUUUGUUUCACACAUGUGCAAUAUGUUUUCCCCUUCUGCUCCUUCUCCUCAGAAUGAUCUCCAUGAAAAGAAAACAAAUUAUUUUUAUUUUUCUGUGUCACUCAUUCUAUUCUAAAUUCUGCGGCUUACCUUAAGAGGGCUCACCUGGGUCCCCUGAGGCUCUGUUCCUUGCAGUUUAAAAAAUAUAUACUGUUCUUAUAAGGGAAAGUAGAACUGUCUGCAUGUCAUCUAAUGUUAUUAGUGUGAGGCUACACUCUACAUAUUGUAUAAUUGCAAAAUAUAUCAGUGUUCCUGUUGAUAUUAGUUGAAGUAAAGUGAUAACAUAUUUCAAUAUGUAGACUUUUCUUCAUACAUCUGUACCAAUAGUAGAGUCUAACUGUAAUUUAUAGGUUGUUCCAGAAAAGAUGAAGAACCAUUUAAGUGCAAACAUCUCUGAGAAACUGCAUCUUUUAAUUAAAACAGAGGUAAGAAAGCUCCUCUUCACUGGGUGACGGAGUCUGUACUUGUUUCAGAUGCAGAGGCAUAAUGGAAGUAAAAUUCUGUAUAUGGAAUAAAGGCAGAAUAUGCAGUUGCAGUGGAGAGGAAAAUCUGACUCACUGUGUUGAUUAACACUGAAGAUGUUAAAUCUCCCAGAUCUGCAUUUGCUUUAUGUUUAAAAAGCCCUUUCAUUCAUUUAAAUUAGAGUUACAUAUAAAUAUUCUGUGCUUGAACAGGGAGCCACAGUUUAUUGCCUGCCCACUGAUUUUCCAUGUGCAAUCAAUGUAUUUGUGAACCAGAGUGUUGAGGAGAUGUCACAAACGUGCAUGCACAGAAACAUUUCCACGUGGUUCCAUGGGCGUGUGUGAAAUCACAUGGAGUGUGAAAUCACAGAUCACAGAAACCAAAAGUGGUCACCUGAGGGCACAGCAUUGGGAAACUCUGUUCUUUCAAGCCAAGGAGGAGAAACAGUGGACUUGACUCUUUUUUUCCCCCCUAGUUUUGUUCUGUUUUGUUUCUUAGACUGUGUGUUUCUAUGUACUCCAACCAAACAAAUGUGUCUUGGUGUCAGCACAAGUCUCCAGACCUUUGCUGCUUGUUUAGGGACAUAGUAAAACCUCUCUGACUCCAUCCUUGAUCAACAGUUGCUUAGAGCAGUGUGGGUCAUGCUUAGAAUAGGAGAAUUCCAGCACUUGACACUGGGUGGGGUUAAGAAAAUGAAUUAAAAUGAAUUCUUCAGCCUGCAGACAGGAGCAGAAUGGAGAGGGUUUUUUCUUAGAUGCCAUUGCCAAUUACUAACUGGUACAGAAGUGCACAGAGUGGCCGUGGUUCUCUCUUCCCAUAAACGAUGUGGCAAAGCAGUAAUUGCUGAUUUGAACAAAUGAAAGGGAAAUGUAAAGAAUGAAGGUGUGGCAACAACAAAAAAAAAAUCUUUUCUGGGACAACAAUGAAAUAUAUAUUUGGGGUUUUUAUUUUUUUAAGUUAAGAAUGGAAUGUAAAACGAUGUAAAAAACAAAAAAUCAAAGUUCAUCCUAAUAUAAUGUGCGUCUUGUAUUGCUAAAAAAAAAGAGUCUAACAUACAGUGUAGAAUGAUUUUCCCAUCAUGUACUGCAUGCAGCAGAAGCCUCUUGUUUCUUGAUAAAAUGAGCUGAAAGACAGUCAGCAGAUAUUUAAACACUGAAUCUCUAGAUGUUGACUUGCUGUUCCAUAUGAAGCUGUGUGUUUUCUGCAGUUAAGCAUGCAUUUUGCUGUUCCCUUGUAAAAUACCAUCGCACUUCUUGCCUGCAAAAUGGAUUCUCGUGUAUAUAUUUCAAAGAAAAGUGGAACCAAUAACAAGAUUCAAUUUGGAAAAGCGAAAAGAGAAAAGGGGGUGGUGAAAAUGGGACCAGUAGGGGGAAUAGAGAAUUCUCUAAAUUGUACAUAGUGUGUAAAUUAGCAUUACUAUAAGUCUGCAGUCACUUUGAGGUUGCCUAUCUCCUGCUAGGAACUUAAAUCAGCUUUGAGUUGUAUUAAACUGUUAGAAUUAGGUCUUGAAUGCAGACUGUUAAAGACUUCAAAAAUCAUUAUGCUUACAAGAAGCUUCUGUUCUGGGGAGGCUCGAAACCCCUUUUGUAACUCUGGGGAAGAAAGGAGUGCUUUCAUUUUAAUAUGCAUUCUGUUUGUAAGUAGUAACAGACCCUAUUGAUGUAAAACUAUAACUGUGAUCAUGUGGAGAAAUCAAAUAAAUCAUUUAAAACUC